CCACGAUCGAUAAAGCUAAUUAAGCUGCUACUGCUACGCUAGCCUCGAUCGAUCAAGCAAGCAGCUCACAGACCCACCGGCCCACCCACCCACCCACAUGGCGGCGUCCCGUUCCGCUCUGAUCACGCUGCUCGUCCUUGUGAGCUCCGUCGCGGCGGCCUCGGCGACCACGUUCACCGUCGGCGACAGUAGCGGCUGGAGUCGUAGCGUCAACUACGACAACUGGGCCAGUGGCAAGACCUUCACGGAUGGAGAUCAGCUAGUGUUCAACUUCGCCACCGGGAACCACGACGUGGUGGAGGUGGACAAGAGCGGAUACGACGGCUGCUCCACCACCAACGCCGCCAACACAAUCCAAAACGGCCCCGCCACCGUCAACCUCACCUCCGGCACCCACUACUACAUCUGCGGCAUCAGCGGCCACUGCAGCGGCGGGAUGAAGCUCGCUGUCACCGUCGGCUCCGGCUCCGGCUCCGGCUCCGGGUCCCCCACCCCCGGCGGCGGCUCGCCCAGCACACCCACACCAACCACCCCGAGCGCCCCCGCCCCCGACACUCCGGCCGGCGCGUCCGUGCGCCUCACGGCCGGCCCAGCGCUCGCCGUGGCCGCCACCGUGCUCGUCGCCCUCUUCUGAUCUGAUCUGAUACUUCAUGCAUGCACCGUGCCAGGACCAGGAUAGAGGCAGUGCAGGAUUAUAGUAUUCUUGUGUACGUACGUACAUACUUUGUUGUUGAGCUAGCGUUUUCAUUCUGACGACGGCGGAUUAUUGUACUCUCGUACGUUUUUAUUUCCACAUGUAUUACUACUAUCAUUCAUGCUUUC